UGAUUUCCUAUUAGUCAAAGCCUGAGGUGGCGAAUGGUUGAAGCAUCACGCUCAGAAAAAGAUCUUCCUUUUUUCGCAUAAAUCUCGAAUCUUGAUGCCAUACGAUACAGGAUAAACUUGCGUUUCUCGCUUUUUGAUAGGGAUUGGUCCCGUCAUUUUGCACCCACUUGAAGAAGCUCGGAUUCUUCUCUGCAGGGGAUUAGGUACUUCAGAUAAAAGUCUGUUCACAUUUGUCGAAUUGCCUUGUUUCUGGGGUUUUAUCCCUGGUUGGGGUCGCACAAAAUCGACCCUUUUCUUGAUAUAUACGAUUUGAUCGAUCGUGAUGAAGAUGGGCAAUCGGUAUAUUACGUUCUGUUUCUGUCGUUCUGGUCCUUUGCAUAUGUUCUUGGGUUGUAAUGGCUCUGGCUGAAAAGGGUCUGCGUCUUAGCAGGAAUUGCAGAGGUCUGUCUAUUCAGUUCAGUUCUUUGGAUGUUCAGGAUUUCUGAAAGCCUGGAUACACUGCGGUUGUAGACGAAGUUUUGUUCUUGACAGCUUAUAGGGCUCCUCUUGAAGCAUUUGAAGGGAGGACAAGGACAUGGAUGAUGGGGAGGUGGAGGCUUCGGAUCAUGUCCUGUUACCGAAUGUCGACUCUUCGAGCAAUCUCCAGAGCUCAGCCUCUGUGGACUCUUUCUUUGACGAGUUUUUGAAAAAUACUAGGACUUGCACUCACACUCACACAUGCAAUCCUCCUGGUCCAGACGCUGCUCACACUCACACAUGCUACCACACCCACACCCAAAUGUUCUCGUCCGAAGACGAUGAAAGGUGCAAUGGGAAAAAGCCGUUCUCGAAGGUGAAAAGGCCUGCAGGUAAUAGAGAGGCAGUGAGGAAGUACAGGGAGAAAAAGAAGGCUCACACAGCUUACUUAGAGGAGGAAGUCCAGAAAUUGCGUAUGUUGAAUCAGCAAUUGGUUAGAAAAUUGCAGGUUCAGGCAUUUCUCGAAGCUGAGGUCAUAAGGCUUAGAAGCCUUGUGGUAGACCUCAGAGGUAAAAUUGAAAAUGAGUUAGGUGCUAUCCCCUUUCAGAAGCCUUGCAAUUCUUCGUCUAUUAAGGAAGGUGAUUGUGGGGUCCAGUCUGGCAGUGGACUGGUCGGGCUACGGUGUUCGACUGAGUUACUGUGCUUUCAUCCUCACACGGGCUCGUCGUCUCUAGCAGGUGUCGGCAGGAGCGAUGAUACUAUGGUCUUGUGGGGCGGACAAAACUGCCAGCGAGUAAUUGGGGAUUGUCAGGUCAAGGCAAAUGUUGGCAUGAAUUCUGAUGUACACAAUUCGAACACGGUCGAAAAUAUCGUGUCAACCACUUCUCAAGUCGAACAAUAGCAGGUCUUGUGCAAGAUCUCCCAAAUUUCGCCAACUUUGAUGUAUGCUGUACUCUCAUCCGUAGCCUAAGUGUAGUAGCUCCUUAGUUCGGAUUAGGGAGGGGAGCCCAGCAGCAGUUUGCUUGUAAUGUUAGUCAGCAGUUUGAACUGACUCUGUAAAUACAACACAUAGGUAAAUACAUACCACAUGAGGCAUGACUAUGUAAUGUAUCGACAAACUAGUUUAUUUUUCAUCUUGUUGAACAGAUUGUACAUGAAAUCUUGUGGAUGUUUGAUAGAAACACAACCUUCAUGUAAAAGCUCUUGGUUCUUUUAUUUGUGGAGAUGGUGAUUCUUUUA